CGAUUUUUUAGAUAUAUAGUAGGUUGGGGUAAGAUGGCCAAUUUUUUCAUUUAUUGUCCCAUUUGGUAGUAAACAAAGGAAUAUUUACAGAAUUAUAUAUCCGUAUCAUCAUAACUCUAAAAGAGCGUUGUUGAUUGUUAAAAACACGAUUAAAAAUAUGGGACAUUAUUUGUCAACAGUAUCCAUCUUACCCCACAGUGCCAUAAAGUAAUACUCAUUAAGAAGCAGCAAAAUUUUUCAAUAUCUAUACUGCUUUUUAAAAUAAUACACGUUAUUGCGGUGCAGUAUGAAAACUGUGUUACGUUGCUGUUGGUUCAAAACGUACGCGUGUUACUAUUCUCACAGCCCGUUUAGUUUGCUUUUGCUGUUACUGAAAUUAAACAUCACUACUGAUACUUUGGCGCGUUGAGUUUAACAGUCACACCUUUUAAUUGGUACUUCUAAUUAAACAGUUUCAUAGCUCGUUUUAACGAAAAUCGCUAUUACAUUUGAAGAUAAACUGAUGUUUUGAAAAAAUGAAUUAGUUUUAGAUAAAAUUGUGUAAUAUUGAUUUUUUUACACAUGUGCAUUUCGAUCAACAUUCUAAUUUUAGGUCCAAUUGUUGUGUUCAAAACUGUGAAGACAAAAAUUGCCUAUAUAAAGUUAUCCUCGUUAUAAUUUUAUAUUUAUUAUACUGAUUCCGAAAAGUGUGUCUAUUUUUUUUAUGUAAAUAAUACGUGCCUUCGUUGCUUUUGGUUUGACGCUUGUUUUAUACUGCUGAAAUACAACGUACGCUGUAAAGAGUAAGAAGUUUUUUUCUCCUUGGCAAUGAAUACGCAACACGGUCUCACAAUGUAUCCUGGCGUGGUAUGUAGAAUACACAUCAGUCUAGGUGGUACAGAGUGUAUUGUGGGCGUGUGUAUUUUGAUAAACAGGGGAACAGGGAAAAGGGACAGUUAAUGUAUAGGCUAUCGUGUGGUGGUGAAACUGCUUUUGUAAGUCGUCUCGCCAUAAUACGGAAGUGUCAAUCGUGUAUUCGAGUAGUAGGCCUAUACACGUAACAAGGUUUGUAUGCGUCUAGUCUGCAGAACAGAAACAAUAGUCAUUUCCUACAAUUGUUUAAGACAAUAGAAAGUGCUGUGCAGAACUUCAAACGCUGCAAAAAUGAUGAUACGGUGAAGUUACCGGCCGUGUUUAGGUUUAAAUCCGUAAUUGUUCAGGAUACGACUGCUGGGAAUUUGCAUACGUCAAGCUACAUGGAGGAAGCAAUUGACGAUGUAUUUCAUGGAGAAAGUGGCGAACGACUAUCGACCGAAAAUCGGGCCCACCCUCGAACUACUUCCAUGGUUUCCAGUUAUUCAGUUCAUGCUGACCACGUUGAUUAUAUGGCGGUAUACAGCUGCAGCAGCGAAGGCAGCAACCAAACGACAAUGCCCCAUGUGACCAGGGACGACCUCAGACAUUUGGUGGCCUCGAACAGACGAGAAGAGUUAAGAAUACAAGGAAUAGGCCUCAACCAGAUAGACGUUCCCACCAUUCACCCACGUAUGCUAAAGAUUUCUUUCUACGACGGGAAAAAUGUAUCGAACGAGGAUACCUAUAACCCAGAAGCGGAUCGUGUCGAGGUUUCGCAUUCCGGCGAGGUCUCAGUCGACGACCUUUUCGUUCCCGACGAAACCCCGCUGAGGUUGGUUGCGAUACUUGGAGAGGCAGGGGCCGGUAAGUCGACCAUGAGCAAACGAAUCGCUAACUCAGAAUCUCGUAUCUGUUUCCACAUGGAGUUUAUGCGAAUGGAUUAUGGGGAAAGAGAGUUCAACCUUCAGGAAAUUAUCUUCGAAAACUUUUACGGUUGCACACCAAGCGAGGCGAGCGCAUAUUUUGAGUGGGUACAGAGGAAUCAGUUCGACUGUCGUAUCGUCAUUGAUGGACUUGAUCAGGCAGCUUGGGAGGUAUCGAGCGCAGCACCAGCGCUAAAUAUUUCCAGCAAAGCAAAAGUUGGCAAGGUCAUGGCGAACCUUCUCAGCGGGAACUUUCUGCCGAAUGCGGAAAUACUUAUUACGUCACGAAGUCAUACAAUGCGUCUGCUACACAUCGGGCAACGACCACAGCGAAUCGUGAUGCUCAAUGGGUUUUCGCCGGAACACGGAGAAUCGUUGUUCACCCACUUUGUCGGUGGGGAUUGUGCGAAAUGGGAAACUUUGAAGCGAGAGGCGCCACAACUUUCCCUAAUGUGUAGCAAUCCAGCAAUGCUUAUUUACAUCGCAGCUGCUUGCUGUGCAAGAGGAGAUCGACCCAUUCGUUCGCUGACAUCAGUCCUAGACGUGGUGUUAGCAGACAUCAAGCAAUCUGAGCAUGUCAAGAACGUUAACUUGUCUGAGAUUUUACACAACGUCCACAAAGUCGCUUAUAAAGCUGUGGAGAAGCAGAUUGUUCUCAUAUCUGUUGCAGAUCUCAAGGAAGAUGAUCUAACCAUCGAAUCGGUGCAAGACCUCACGAUCACUCUGCCUUUAUUCAACGGAAAUGCGAUCCCGACGCGCGUGGUUGAUGGAUCAGUAAAGGUGUUUUUCAACCAUCAAACCUUGCAGGAGUACUUCGCAGCCGUACACGCCGUCGAAGCGCUCGAGAUGGGCAACUUUAAAGACUUCGUGGCGAAAAGGGUGUUCACGGAGAACUGGUACAUGGUGCGGCGAUUCUUACUGGGAAGGCUUCUGAGUCCAACUUUUAACCCACAUUAUGAGUUUUUUAAAGAAUACCUUCAUGCUCAGCAGUCGAGAUUGAAGAGAAUUCGAUUCGACGUAACUUCAAUGUUAAAACCUCCAGCGAUGGUUAAACCAGUCGUUUGCGGAAAGAAAUUGUUGGAAGAAUUUCAAAAAUGCGGUCAGCUGAUUACGUCAUACGACGAAGCAACAAGCAAAGAAGCAAGGCGUCAGUUCAUCCGACUUCUGCUUGACGUCAGAGAAUGUGACAAUUGUGAUGUCACAAAAGCAAUAGCGGAACGUUUUCCACGUGACAUCAAUUUGAGUCGAACUCCUCUGACGUCAAGCGACGCUCACGCUUUCAGUUACGUCAUGCAACACGUCACAAAAGACAUUGAUGACGUAAACAUCAAGUACUGUGACCUCACUACACAACAACUUAAACUAAUAUUCUCCGGAUUUCGGAUCCGAGAGAAAAAGAUUGGAUCUCUUCAUAUUGAUAACAAUGCAUUAGAAACCGCCGGAGUUCGCGUGAUAUGCGAUAUACUGGAAAAGGUGGAACGUUUCCUAACUAUGGGGGAUUGUUUCAAAGACGAAAGCGCGAGUAGAAGUAGAUACAGAAAUCUGAACGAAGAAGAAAGAAUAAUCCUUCAACAAGCACUUAACAAUGCUGGGAGCGAGAACCUUAUUCUGAGCGUUGGCGGAAAAAAAGACAUCAUGAGAAAAUCGUGAACUACUCUAAAUUAUUGGAUAUAUUGAGUAAAAUCUUUAUUCAAAUCUUAGUCACUGCAUUAUUUACAUUUUUGCCGUGGAGGUAAUAUACAAGAUAUACGGUUAUACAUGAUUUUUAUGAUGGUUACCAUGUACAUAAUAAGUCAUAGUGAUUUUGUUGUUGAACAUGCCCGUCACAUCAAUACGCAAUUAAAAACAAUUAUUUGAAGUGCACAUUAUAAUAGUAUAGGAUGGGGGGAGAUGGGACGUAUUUUCAUUCUAUUUUCUCGUCCCAUUUAGUAGUAAACAAAGAACAUUUAAAGAAUUAUAGAACCGUAUCCUCACGACUCCCAUAGACGGUUGUUAGUUGUUUAAAACACGAUCAGGAUAAUUGGAUAUUAUGUGCUAAAGGUUUCCCGCCUUCCCCACCCUACUAUAUAUAAAUAUCAUUGUAUAUCUAAACAAUCGUGAUGCUAAACUUAGACAAUAUUUUCUAUUUGUGUUCAAGGAGAAUUAUAAUGCAUUGCUGCUUGCCUACUUUAAAUUGCGAACUUAGAAAAAAUAUAUCAUUUCAAAACAUUU